CUAGCUUCAAAUGAUUCAUGAUCUUAACCAUUGAGAUUAAUAUUUCUUAAAAUAAGUUGUUUCAUUAAUUGCAUAAAUGUCAUUAAUCACUUAACUUCAGUUUGAAUCUAACAGAAGUGAUUUCUGGCUUUUGCUAUUUUGUUGUUUGUCAAAGUUAAUAUACUAUCAAAUUUAGUCUAUUAAUAUAAUAUAAUACUUAUAUAAGUAAUUAACCAAUCAAAUUAGAGUUAGAAGUUGUUUGUAUGGUGAAUUGAGUAUAGAUGACCUUCACUUUGUGCAGAAUUAUGAUUGUUUUUAUUACACAAAAUGCACACAUAAUAAUGUGACUAAUAAAAGUAUGUAAAAAAGACAAUGAGACUGGUAAAAAAUAAAAUAGAUAAGUGAAUUUAUUUUUCUUAAAGAAUUGAGUUGUUAUACAAUUUUAUUAAUCCAGUUCAAUUGAAGAAUUUCUUAUAAUUUCUAAAUGAGAUAUUUGGAUUAUUAUUAUUAUUUCUAUAAAGUAAACUAUGCCUUUGAUAUAUAAUAAUAUUAUGAUUAAAGAAAGAAUAUAAUAUUACUUACCUAUCAAAAAGAAUAAAUCAAUCAAUAAUAUGUCAAUUGAUAAUUUAAAGAAAUUUUUACAAAGUUAUGAUUUUGAAAAUUCCGGUGAUUUAAACAAAAUAGAAUGGAUAAAAUUAUGCUCUAAUUCAACAAUUAAUAUAUCUAGUGAAUUAUCAUUAACAUUAUUCAAUGAACUUGAUACAGAUAAUGAUGGAUUAAUUAAAAUAUCAGAUAUAUUACAAGAAUUAGAAAUAUGGAAUGCAUCGAAUCAAUCAAAUUGUAAUUUGAAUCAUUUUGAUAAAAUUGAUAAUAAUCAAUAUGGGAAUGAAUGUAAAAAUGAGGAAUUAAUAUUAGAACAAGGUAAUGGUGUUUUUGGUAAACAUCAAACAGAUCAAUUAUCAAGAAUAAUAUCCAAAUCGAAUAUAAAAACAAAUCCAGUUAUCUUAGAAAGACGUAAAAAAAGAUAUCCAAUAAUUCCAUCGGAAAUAAUCAUACCAAAUGAAGGAAGCGAUCAAUGGAUGCCUAAAAAGGAAAUUAAUCCAGAUGGAUCAGAAGUUUUUACAACUACACCUAUAGUCAAAACUCCAAGAUACAGUAGUGUUUGUGAAUUAGAAAGUGUAAUAUCACAGAAUUAUCCAGAAUUAUUAAGUCCGUUUAAAAUCGUUCUAAAUGAUUUUCGAAAUGAACUUUUACGAACUAAAAAAGAAAAAAUCGAUUUGGAAGAAACAUACAUAAAAGAGAAGGAAAAACGUAAAAGUGAUUUAUCUAGAUUAGAAGGUGAACUUGAAUUACAGAUUAAAUCAAUAGAGGAACGUGCCAAAUCGGAAGUACAUGAAAAGUUACAAAGUGAGUAUAGAACACUGGUCUCUAACAAAGAACAAGAAAUCACAGAAAUACGGGAACAGGUUGAAAGUUUACAACGUAAAAUUAAAAAUCAUUCUUCUAAUUGUUGUGAUUCAAUGAAUAGUCCUAUUAUAUUGAAAAAAUUUACUGAUUCAUUUGAUAAAUCAAAUUCUUCUUUAAUUUCUUCUUUACCUUAUGAAUAUCUUAAUCAAAAUGAAACGAUAGAACAAAAUUCAUAUAAAAUUGAAUUACAAAAUGUCUUAUCAAUUCUAGCUCAAAGAGAAUUUGAAUUGAAAACAUUAAAAGAUCAAUUAAUUCAACAAGAAACACAAUUAACAAUGGAUAAACAUGAAUUAAUUAGUCAAGAAGAAGAGAAACAAAAUCUAUAUUCUCAAUUAAAUGUUAUGCGAACAACAAUGGAACGUUUAAAUAAAACAAACGACUACUUAUGUUCAGCGUUGCAUCGUGAAUCAAUUCAUAGGCCAAGUAGAACGUCACCAUCGAGUGCUUUCUCAGAAUUUAUGGAACAAAGUGAUAACAACGAAACCAAUCUACAGCCAUGUAGAUUUUCAACAGGAAUCAAUUUCCCAUUAGAACCGUAUGAAUUUGACAGUUUGGAAAAUAUUCUACCACUUCAACGCCAACAAAAUCAUCAUCUUGAUUCCACAUGUCGACGCUCAGAUUACUCUAGUGAGAAUAUUAGCAGUGUCAGUGGUUCCAAUUAUGAUAAGAAUGAAUUUAUAGCUCAUGAAAAUAAUGCUGAAGAACAACACCCUACAGAAACUUUAACACCAACACGUAUAUUUAAAGUGAUUUUAGUCGGGGAUUCAGGUGUUGGCAAAUCUAGUUUCUCAUAUCGAUUUUGUGAUGGAAUAUUUUAUCCACAACUUAGAGCUACUUUAGGAGUUGAUUUUCGAACAAAAAAUAUUAAAAUGAAUAAUUCAGUGUACACUAUUCAAUUAUGGGAUACUGCUGGACAAGAGACGUAUCGUUGUAUUGUCCGUUCAUAUUUCCGCAAAAUUGACGGUGUAAUUUUAAUGUAUGCAGUUGAUCAACCUGAUACAUUUGCAAAUAUCAAAUAUUGGAUGGAAAUGAUAAAAGAAUCGACAAGUGAAGAAAAUGUUCCAAUUCUUCUAGUUGGUAAUAAAGUUGAUUUACGCAAUACUAGUAGUAACAAUACUAAAGAAAGUUAUAAUAAUAAUGAUGAUAUGAAAAAAGAUGAAUUGCACAAGUACAUCACAUAUGAAAUGGGUGCCAAUGUAGCUAAAUUACAUCACGUUUCAUUCAUUGAAACAAGUGUAUUAAGCAAGCAUAAUAUCACAGAAGCUGUUGAACUACUUACGGAAGGGAUGAAGUUGAAUGAAGAUGAACAAGUUGCAGUUGUCACAUUAACUACAUCAUCAUCAGCAUCAUUGAAAAGAAAUAUUGGCAAAAUGUCUAAUACAAACAGAAAAAUGUGUUGUACAUAAUCUAUGAGCGUUUACAUACACAAAUAUUCACAUAUUGUAAUAUUUAUUCAGUUGUAUAUUUCAAUGAAUAACAAAAAAAACAAACCCCACAGAAUUCCAAUGACAUUGAUGAGAAAGAGAAAAUGGGGUUGGUGUUGAUGAUUAUAACAAUUAAUAAUAAUAAUAAUAAUAAUAAUAAUAAUAAUAA